ACCAAAGUAAGGGGGGGGGGGGGGGGGGGGACGAAGACAAUAGGAGGGUUAAGUUAUAUUUAUCACUGCAGAGGCCAGAUGAUGAGGCAGCAGAGCCUCGUGCUAAACCUGAGAGCAACAGACCGUCUACCUGCAGGAAUACAAGGCUAAUACACCUCUAAUUAAGGGUAGAAGUACAAGCUUUAGUGGAGUUCACAAAGCUCCACUGCAAUGGGAUUGAUACUAGCACCAUUUACAUAUCUGUAUAUGAGUUCUACAUCCUGAGCUUGCUACUGAUAUAGAUUGAAGCCUGUACAGCUGCAGAGGCCUUUUUAAAAUAAGAUUUCUGGAUCCUUGCAGUUUUAUUUUUUAAAGAUACGAUGAUAAAAUAGUUCCCCUUCCCUGGGACAAUAUAUGUUUUACAUUUAAUGAAAUGCAGUGGAUUUAAUAGCCGUAACUAAUGUGCACACUUUGUCCCUGAAUGAGUGCACAAUGCAACAGUCUAACAGAGACCUAUGCUCACAAUAAGAGACCUUAUCUAAAGUACAGAUACAGAUAUCCGUAUGGACUUAUCAGUCUCCUUACUGCGGACCCUUGCAAACCUAAAGCUUUUAGUUUAGUUUAAACCGUAAUGAGAUGUCUCUUCUUAGUCUUUUAUUCUUGCAAGUAAACAGAAAGAUGGUCUUGGUCUGUAGUUUUCCUCUCCUCUGAUUCAGCAUCUCUGCUUUCUGUAUCUUCUGUGUUCAACCUACAUGCAGACUGAUGGGUGAAGACCUUUGAGUUAGCUUUUCCUUUAGAGUGCACGGGAAACUGUUAUUCUCACUGUCUCAAACCCUAAUCAUAAAACUAUCAGGGGUUUUAUUCAACUCCAGCGUUGUAAUAAUGCUGACGUCAGCGGGGCGUCGCCACGUUGUGUUUCUGAUGAGUCAUCCUCCUCAUAACUUUAAUCUUUAAGCAAGUCAUCGCUCAGGAACAGAAGCUAUGGUUUGGUGUCAGGAAGGCAACAAGUACUUCCAUUCAUCUGCAGGUUCUUUUCUAUUGUUGGUUUUAUACAAUGUAAAAAAUAGUGAAUAAUGUCAAUCCCAAUGUGAUGUCUUUAAAUGACUUGUUUAGUUAGAAUCAAACCCAAAGAUAGGAAACGAAGACAACAGGAGGGUUAAACAACGACCGUGAAACACAUCUCAGAGAAGAGAAGAGAGAUUGAUGCCAUAUUUUAGCUGAUAUCUUAUUUCAAGUGACUUUUUAGUUAUUAAUAAUCUCUUAUUCUGAUAAGUUGAUAUACACCAGUGUACUGUACGUUUAUGAAGGUGCACCCUUUCUCUUUAAGAUUUGAGUAUUUCAUAAUGAAUUUAUUUAGUUUAUAAAGAGGUUUUUUUAAUUCUUUACUGCUGUUAAAAUACUCUCUCAAAAUGAUCUGCAAAAUGUUGUGUGAAUUAAACUGAUAAAGAAAUCAAAGUAUUGUGUUUUAUUAUAUAAUGAUGAUUAAAACAUUCAUUAUAAGGGCUGUAAAUCAAAAAUAAUAUUGUGCUAAAAGGUUAUAUUUAUAUAAGUAUAAUUAAAUGACUCUAUUUGUGAAGCACCUUACAUUCAAGCAAUGCAGCACAAGGUCAUUUAGAAACAGUAAACGGACAGAAUUCAUAUUGAAAAAGUCAAAUAAAAAACAUUUCAGACCAGAAAUAGAUAGAAUACAUAACAUUAAAUAUUAAAAUCAGUGUUUGCCGUGGCAUCAGAAGCUGGUGGAAUAUAGAAAUAAAGGAUCUUCAGGAAAGUCCCAGAGUUAAAGGGAUUUGAGGGGUUAAAACGAGAUCUUAUAUCCGUUUACCUCCAGCCAACUUAAAGCCUAAUUAAAGGCGACGGGUUAAAGACAAAGCUCUGAUGGGAUGAUGCAGCUCCAGGUGCAUCAUGGGUAGUGGAGCAGCAGGUCGGCCUUGCACUUGGCAGCAGAUGGUCUGAGAGCCGGACCGAGGAGCAGCAGAUCCUGCUGGAAAACACUUUAUCUGAAGACGCUCACUUCCUGUCUGUGAAGACAUGCCUCACUGCAGGUAACCCUCACACACUUCAUUGCUCUCAAACUCUAUCUGUGUUUAUUGCAUGUUUAGCGGGAAAUGUUGAACUUGGUACGUGUAGUUUGCAGAGAAAGUGGUGUUUGUGUCGUUGCAGUUAGAAGUAUCUGAUGAUAUUGGCAGUAUAUGUGUGAAGGUGUCAGAAAGUGUGUUUGUGUUUUUCAGAGAACAGACAGGAGCUAAAUCUGGUCUAAGUCCAUCUGCUGCAGAUCUGCUGCGAGGUUAGACCUGCAGGUAGCAGCUCAGUUCCUCCUCCUGCAGGACGUCCCACUUUAACCCUCUCAUGAACACAGAGCGACCAAACAGGAGAUAAUAAUAAUCCUCCAAAGAUGGCCGCCUGGCUGUAUGUCCCCCAGGAGCCCGGGGCCCUCGCUGCUGGGGGCCACAUGUGUUCUCUGCAGGAUAACAUCAAGCAGGAAGUCUUACCCAUGAUCCUCUGCUCCGCCGGCAUCUCUGCAGGACUCGUAUACCUGCUCAUAGGAUACCGCUGCUUUAAGGCGGUCAUGUUCCUCUGUGGCUUCCUCUGUGGCUCUGUCUCUCUCCCGCUGCUCCACCUGGACCCUCCUCUGAUGGCCGACCUCUGCCCAGGGACCAGGCUGGUUCUGGGGCUGGGGAUCGGGCUCCUCACGGGGCUGAUGGCCCUCCUGGUUCCUCCGCUGGGGCUACUGCUCAGCGGCCUGCAGCUGGGGGCCCUGCUCUCCGUGGGGCCCCUGAUGCUGCUGGCUCAUUUCCACAGCCUGGGGCCAGUGUUGGGCCCCUUGAGCGUGGUGCUGGCUUCAGGCCUGAUCGUGGCCUUGAUGACUCUUCGCUGGCAGAAGGUCCUGAUCAUCGCUUACACGUCGGUGUUGGGAUCCGCCGUCGUGCUGCUGAGCCUGGACCUCCUGCUGGGAGGGGCCACAGUGCUGGAUCAGCUGUUUGAUGUGUUCACUGGGAACCCAGUUAAACCCCUCUGCUGGUUCAACUGGGCCAUCGCUGGGCUGGGGCCAAUCCUCGCUUUGAUUGGUGGAGCCGUGCAGUGGAGGUUCACAGCCAGAGGAUUUUCACACAAAGAAGCUGCAUACAAAAAACAGAAGAAACACGUGAAGAAGCACAAAUACAGAGAGUUGAGGAGACGACCUCCACCUCACCGGCGCCGCCGCCCUCCACCUCUGAAACGCUACGCCGGAGACGUCCUGGCACCGAGUUAUCUGCAGUGUCUGCAGGAGCGUCAGCAGGGAACAGGAUCCUCUUCCUCCUCCUCUUCCUCCAGCAGAAGCCUCGUCUCUGCAGCACACACUCUGAUCGACUUUGACUUUGAGACGGGGUCCAUGGUGUCUCUGACUUCUGCAGCCACGCCGGUCUACACAGUGGGAAGAAACACGCCUUCCAAUGUCUGCAACAUGCACGAUUACGUUAUUUACUGAGAAUCAGACAGGAAACCGUUUCCACUGCCGCCCUGAAUCCACUUCUUCUGUGAUAGUUUGCUUCUAGACCAGUUCAUCACAUUUUGUGUCGGAGAUGUUUUCUGUACAGGCAGCAAUAAUCUUCAUGUACCCUUUAUAGUCAUGAUUUGAUUUGUAUGGCACUUUUCCCGGUGCUCAAAGACGCUUUACAUACAAUCAGAACAACAAAAACACAAGUCCUGAUCCAAGGGAACGUAUAAUGUGGGAUGAUGAAUAGAGAUUGAAAGCAAAAGUGAGUUUGACGGCUUUUUGAAGGAUGCAAGAGCCUUUUGGAUGUGACCAGAGGUGGGAAGUAACUAAGUACAUUUACUUUUUGAGAUAUUUGUAGUUUACACGAGUAUUUCCAUCCUAUGCUACUGUGUACUUCUACUCCUCUACAGUUCAGAGGUACAAGGUAUACUUUUCCUCCACUGCAUGUAUUUAACACCUUUAGUUACUUUACAGAUGUGGAUGA